CUCUGAUAUGGAGUGGACUUGCUGUCCGGGCCGGGCUAUAAGUGCGCCUGCGCGCAGGCCGGGCGCCGCGGUCCUUGACUGUGCUGCGCUGGGCGCCGGGUGGAGCCAUGCGGAGAACGGACUGCGAGCAGCCCCCAAAGCGGCCCCGGUGCGAUGGCAGCCCCAGAACCCCUCCGAAUACUCCUCCCGCGGCGACUAACUGUUCGCCGGGACCCAAACUCCACCCCGACCAUCGGACCUGGGACCCGGAGCAGGUGUGCUCCUUCUUGGAGCGCAGCGGCUUCAAGGAACCGGGACUGCUGAGAAACAUCCGAGAAAAUAAAAUCACAGGUUCGAUCCUGCCCUUUCUCGAUGAGUCUCUUUUUGAAAAUCUUGGAGUAAGUUCCUUGGAGGAGAGGAAGAAACUGCUUCAUUAUAUCCAACAAUUGAGUCAAACCCACAUGGAGACAGUGAAGGUGAUUAAUGAUCCUAUCCAUGGCCAUAUUGAGUUCCACCCUCUCCUUAUCCGAAUCAUUGACACUCCUCAGUUCCAGCGACUUCGGUAUAUUAAGCAGUUGGGAGGUGGUUACUAUGUAUUCCCAGGAGCUUCGCACAAUCGGUUUGAACAUAGUUUAGGGGUUGGGUACCUCGCCGGAUGUCUAGUUCGCACACUGUGUGAAAAACAACCAGAGCUGCAGAUAACUGAGCGGGAUAUGCUCUGUGUUCAGAUUGCGGGACUUUGCCAUGACCUGGGUCAUGGUCCAUUUUCUCAUAUGUUUGAUGGAAGAUUUAUCCCGCUGGCUCGCCCAGAGGUGAAGUGGACGCAUGAACAGGGCUCGGUUCACAUGUUUGAGCAUCUGAUUAAUUCUAAUGGACUCAAAGAUGUCAUGAAACAUUACGGUCUUGUCCCUGAAGAAGAUAUUUGCUUCAUCAAGGAACAAAUUACCGGAAUACUUGACUCACCAAUCAAAGGAUCAUUGUGGCAGUACAAAGGACGUCCUAAACAGAAAAGUUUCCUGUAUGAAAUCGUGGCUAAUAAAAGAAAUGGCAUUGAUGUGGACAAAUGGGAUUAUUUUGCCAGGGACUGUCAUCAUCUUGGAAUCCAAAACAACUUUGAUUACAAACGCUUUCUUAAGUUUGUCCGAGUCUGUGAGGUGGACGAUGAGAAGCAUAUUUGUACUAGAGAAAAGGAGGUUGGAAAUCUGUAUGACAUGUUCCACACACGCAACUGUUUACACCGAAGAGCUUAUCAGCACAAAGUGGGCAACAUCAUCGAUACAAUGAUUACAGAUGCCUUCCUCAAAGCAGACCCUUACAUCGAAAUUGAAGGUUCUGAAGGGAAAAAGUAUCACAUUUCCACAGCAAUCGAUGACAUGGAGGCCUUCACCAAGCUGACAGAUAAUGUUUUCCUGGAGAUUUUAUACUCUUCUGAUCCCAGAUUGAGUGCUGCACGAGAGAUUUUGAAAAAUAUCGAAUGCCGUAAUUUAUACAAAUAUGUAGGCGAGACCCAGCCCGGGGACAAAGAAAAGAUCAAAAGGAAAGAGUACGAACAUCUUCCAGCAGAGGUUGCCUGUGCAAAACCUAAUGAAGUGCUCCUGGAGGUCGAGCUGAAGGCAGAAGACUUCAUAGUGGAUGUUAUCAACAUGGACUAUGGAAUGAAAGACAAGAAUCCAAUUGAUCAUGUUCAUUUCUAUGGCAAGAGGGACUCCCAAACAGCAAUCAAGAUUUCUAAAAAGCAGGUUUCACGCUUCCUACCAGAGACAUUUGCAGAACAGCUGAUCCGUGUGUACUGUAAGAAGACAGAUGAAAAGAGUCUGUUUGCUGCUACACAACAGUUUGUCCAGUGGUGCAAAGACCGAGACUUCACCAAGCCACCGGAUGGUGAUAUCGUAGCCCCACUCAUAACACCUCACAAAAAGGAGUGGUGCUACCAGACUUCAGAAACUCACAGAAAAAAGCUUAACUUUCAAGAUGGCUGAAUGUCUGCAGUUGGUUAUUGACCCUCCCCACCCCUUCUUCACAGAGAAGUUGGGGACAUUUAAUCACAGUUCCGCACACUGAUUAAGCCGUGCUUUCGUAUGUUGUAUUUUGAGUGUAUACCUAUGGUGAUGGUGAUUUUUAUUCAAAGAAAUGAGAAACCUGCUACCCAGCCAAUGGGAAGCAUUCCCUUUUUUAACAUUAAUUAAAGCCUUUCUCCCUUACUAAUCUA